AUGGCAGACCUCCGAUCUUCCAGGGACGACGAGGGCGAGGAGCGCGGGGGCUGGGCGCACGAAGACAAGGCGCGCGGGGAGCAGGGGCGCGCGCGCGAGUGGGAGGAGGCGGAGCGGCAGAGCCGCGAGGUCAAGCUGGGACUGCACCCGCUGCAGGUGCGCUUCCGCAUUGUGACUGUAUCGAAAUAUUUUGGACAGGAGACUGCAUUUGCAGAGCUUCACCGAGUGAAUCGGGUUCUUGCAUUGAGCACCUCCAUCCGUCCACCCCUCCAUCCCCGCUGCAAGCAGACGCGCUACGUGGUGUGGUACACGCGGCGGCAGCGGCAGCCGCCCGGGCAGCGCAGCGCGACGUCGUAUGAAGACAGCAUUCGGCGCAUCGCUGACUUCAGCACUGUGGAGGGGUUCUGGGGGUGCUACUGCCGCAUGGUGCGCCCAUCCGCGCUGCCCGCCCCCACGGACGUGCACGUCUUUAAAGACGGCAUCCGCCCGCUCUGGGAGGACGCGCACAACCGGCGGGGGGGCAAGUGGAUGGUGCGUCUGAGAAAGCCGCUCACUGCGCGCAUGUGGGAGCAACUGUUGAUGGCGGUGGUGGGGGAGCAACUGGAGGGCGCGGAGGAGGUGUGCGGGGUGGUGCUCAGUGUGCGCUUCGGUGAAGACAUUCUCUCCAUCUGGAACCGCUCUGCACCGCACAGCCUGGCGCGGGACAGGCUGUGUGAGUCGAUUCGGAAGCACCUCAACCUUCCACCAUCCUACACCAUGGAGUACAAGCCGCACGACGCCUCACUCAAGGACCAUUCCUCCUACCGCAACACGUGGAAACUCGACGGCGGAGAAAUUCAACAUUCAGAUGGUGGGGCUUGCCGCCCCGGCACGCUCAAGGAGGUGGAGCUCAGCGCGGACGGCAAGAAGUGGGCGAAGCUGACGCGCGACGGCAGCAAGGCCGUGUGGGUCAUCGCGGGCGCGGAGGCGAAGGAGGUGGUUGGCGCGAAGAAGGCGAUGAGCGUGCGCCUGACUGCGGGGCACACCCUGGAGAAGAUCACGCUCGCGAAUGCCAUUCCCGCUGACUGGAAGCCCGCGACGGUGUAUGCGUCAAAGGCCAAUUUCAAGAAGAUGAUGGCUGAGAGCAAGUAG